GUCAGACAGGAAAAACAACUUUUUCUUUAUUAGGUUACCAAACUCUUCAGGAAACAAGAAAACGUGGUAUUUUUUGUGACGCUUUCAUAAACGGAAUUUCGAUCCUUUACACAUUUUCUCGUUUUUUAACGUAAUUAAUUUAGUUGCAGUUUCGAGUAUAUACUUACUAAUAUAUUUGGGGAAACAGGGAUUGAAGUUGAAUACUAUCAAAUAUACAAUGUAUUGACGUCAAUCGAAUGCAUUCUGAGAGAAAAAAAUAGACCACCUCGCACAUUCAGAACAAGAGUAAAGCAGUGCCUCGACACAGAGAUGUCUCCACGAAUGGAUAACGUCAUGCAUUUGUGCUGUGAAUUAUCAGCUCAUCAUCAAAUCAAGGUUGCUGUGAAAAACUCCACCAAAGGAGCAGUGGUGGCAGGAGGAGCUGCCUUUGUAGGCGGGAUGCUCGGUGGACCUCCAGGGAUUGCAGUUGGUGGAGCAGUCGGCGGUCUAUUGGGCAGCUGGAUGACCAGCGGUGAGUUCAAGCCUCUGCCUCAGAUCCUGAUGGAGUUGCCUCCUAACCAGCAAGAGAAGCUCUAUAAGGACAUCAUGGCAGUGUUAGGCAGCCUGGACUGGACAGAUGCAGCUCAGCUCCUUGCUCUUGUAAUGGGCAACAGCACUCUCCAGCAGCAGGUCACUGCUGCACUGCUCAGCUACAUCACAAAGGAACUCAGAGCAGAGGUUCGUUAUCAAGAUUGAGCUUUGGCUCCUUGUGGACUUUUCAAGACAGUCAGACCUCGCAAACACAAUCACAGUGUAUAUUGGUGUAUUUUAUACCUAACAAGAAAACUGAAUACUAGGUUUCACUUUCAUAGCUGUGCCAAAUUCUCAACUAGAAACUUUUGUGGGUUUAUCAAUAAUGUGGCAAUGCUGACUUUAGCACAAAUUAAGGUUUGUAUAAUAGAUGGAUGUCAAAAAGGUACUGUGUUCUUUCCUGGUUAUUUACCUGCAAGUUCUCAGAAUUAAAAGGGCCAUUUUUAAAAAUACAUGGGGAUAUAUGUUGGUGAUGAUGGUUACUUUCUCAGUAGCAGUGUUUUUUUAACAAGAUACCACUCCACCACAGCAGUCAACAUCACUACAGGGUUGCUUUGCCUCUGCCAGGUAUCAUCACAGUGUUACAGCAGUAGUACGCUUUUACUCUUGGAUACAUCAGUAAUGUGAACAACAGUGCUGUUUUGUGUGAGUGUGUGUGUAUUAGAGGUGGAAAUGGAAACUGAAUUAACUAAAUGUAAGUAAAAUUAUGGCUUUUGGCUUAAAGUUGCCCAAAUUGGUAAAUAUAUAAAUUAUAUGUACAUUUCUGUUUUUUGAAAUCAAGGAUCGCUCAAUUAAUAAUGGCAUUUGGUUGCAUUCUGUUGCAUUUGUGUUCAUUUUUUUUUCCCACUGUUAAUUUCCAAAUCUACUCCCAGUUAUUGAAAUUAAAUUAUGCUAAAUUGGUCACUAAAAAAUGCUGAGGCCAGAAAUGUUAUUUAAUUUGUUACAAGUGACAAUAAAGUAAGUUGGGAUUUUA